GGCUUGUCUUACUCUAAUGUUGUUCUUGCGUCAAAUUUAUUUACGUCGAGCACGUAAUAAGCUUGUCUCUUGCAUCUAAAAAUUAUAAUUUUUAGUAUUUUUGAUUUUAAAGUUUUGUUCUUGUUAUUAUGCAUACUCUUGCUGAAUUAUAGAAAAAUUCUAUAUUGAUACAAUUGGAAAUCGUUUAUGAAACGAACUUUCUACAUAAGAUUCAUUACAUCCAAUCAUGUCUCACCAGAUGAAAGAGAAUAUCAACUAUGUCCGAGACGUCAACAAUAAGAUUCAGAUGCAUCCCGUAAUGGCAGAAUAUGAUUUUAAAAAAGAAGGUGUCAGAACAGAUCUUUCGGAGAUGGUACUUUCUAAAUAUAAGUGUGAAAAAAACGAAGUCCCAAUAACUUUGACAAAUGGUUCAACAUUACCAUUGGUGGAAAGAUCAAACGACGAAGAAACUGAGUCAUACAAUCCAUUUGAACAUAGAAAAUUAACGCAUCCUACAACUGAUGCAGAUACCUUGAUACAUUUGUUGAAAGGUAGUUUGGGAUCAGGAAUUUUAGCGAUGCCCAUGGCUUUCAAAAGUGCUGGCCUAUUUUUUGGACUAUUUGCUACUUUCUUUAUUGGUGCCAUAUGUACCUAUUGUGUCCAUAUUUUGGUUAAAUGUGCUCACAUUCUUUGCAAAAGAACGCAAACCCCCAGUUUAGGUUUUGCAGAAGUUGCUGAAGCAGCAUUUCUCGUAGGACCAAGGCCAGUUCAAAAAUAUGCAAGAUUAGCAAAGGCUACAAUUAAUCUAUUUUUAGUCCUGGAUCUUGUAGGUUGUUGUUGCGUUUACGUUGUAUUUGUUUCCGAGAAUAUUAAACAAGUUGCUGAUUUUUAUAUGGAACCAGAUUUAGAUGUUAGAAUCUAUAUGAUAAUGGCACUCCCAUUUCUUAUUUGUCUUUCUUUGGUAAGAAAUUUAAAAUAUUUAGCUCCAUUUUCCAUGGUAGCAAAUGGAUUCAUUGCUGCAGGUCUCGGAAUAACAUUUUAUUACAUAUUUUCUGAUCUUCCAUCAAUUGAAAAUGUCAACAAAAUAUCUUCCUGGAAAGAUAUGCCAUUAUUUUUUGGUAUAGCAAUUUUUGCCUUAGAGGGCAUUGGUGUGGUCAUGCCACUAGAAAAUAAUAUGAAAACACCAUCACACUUUCUCGGAUGUCCUGGAGUUCUUAAUAUCGGAAUGUUUUUCGUUGUGAGCUUAUACAGUACUGUUGGAUUUUUUGGUUAUUUAAAGUAUCAAGAUGACACUAAAGGUUCAAUCACUCUCAAUUUAGAGCAAUCCUCUAUGCUUGCACAAUCAGUAAAAGUAAUGAUAGCGACGGCAAUUUUUUUGACUUACGGUCUUCAGUUUUAUGUCCCGAUGGAAAUUAUAUGGAAAAAUAUAAAACACAUUUUUGGAUCCAGAAAAGUUGUAGCUGAAUAUAUAGUUCGAAUAGUUUUGGUGACGUUUACUGUUGGAAUGGCCAUCGCUAUACCAAACCUUGGACCGUUUAUAUCUCUUGUUGGAGCAAUAUGUCUAUCAACUCUUGGCCUGAUGUUUCCAUCAAUAAUUGAAUUGGUUACUUUUUGGGAGCAAGAUCAUGGUUUCGGAUUUUGUUUUUGGAAAUUAUGGAAAAAUUUGUUAAUCAUAGCAUUUGGAUUUUUAGGUUUUCUUACAGGCACAUACACAAGCAUGUGCGAAAUUACUAAUAAUUCUAACUGAUAAUUGCACUGUUUAGAAUUCGCAAGCACAAAGUGAAAAAUAUCCUAUAAAAAAACUAGAGUAUUCUUAAGAUCCCAUCCACAAGUGAAACUAAUUUUUAAUGAAAGAUACAUUAUAUCAAUUUGAAUGCGAAAAUUAUGUUGAAUAAGAUAACAUUUUUAUAGAAUAAUUUUUACAAUUUUAAUAAUGUGAUAUAAUUAUACUAAUAAAUUAGUU